GGCCCCGGCCGGAAGCAGUGGGAGCGGGAUGGCGGCGGGUCCGGGAGGAGGCGGCUGCGCGCGCCGCGGGCGGUGGGGUCGGGGCUGCCCCGUGCGUGGCCUCUUGUCCGGGGCGCUGCUGCUGCUGCUGGCGUCCGGGCUGCGGCGCGGGGCCGCCGAGCUCACCGACGGGAACAACGAGCACCUGAAGCGGGAGCACUCGCUGACCAAGCCCUACCAGGGGGUUGGUUCCACUUCAAUGCCGCUCUGGGACUUCCAGGGGAGCACGAUGCUCACCAGCCAGUAUGUCCGCCUGACUCCUGAUGAGCGCAGCAAAGAGGGCUCCAUCUGGAACCGCGUGCCCUGUUUCCUCAAGGACUGGGAGCUCCAUGUCCACUUCAAGAUCCAUGGAGCAGGCAAGAAGAACCUGCACGGGGAUGGCUUUGCCCUGUGGUACACCCGGGAGCGCCUCAUGCCAGGUACAUAGUAGGGGAUGGUGCAUGCAC